AUGGGUGUUAGUGAAGGACACCUUAAAGUGUGCCGCAAACCCGCAAAAGCAAAGCCAGGUGUGCCACCUGAUGGCAAUGCCCGCUACUUGAGUGUGGCCUCCACUGCACUGGAGAUCAGUCAACUCACAAAGGGAAGUGGAGAGCUCCGAUACCAAAUCCCUUUGCAGCCGGGUGAAUUUCUAGCCACUGAUUCAGAACCAGUGAGAAAAAAGACUAAAUCAAUGAAGAUCAAACUUCUGAACCUGAGCAAAAAUUUGGAUUACUUGAAGCUAAAAGAAGGGGAACUGUUAGAAAGAAAGGUAUUUCAACAAGAAAUAGAAGACAGCAAUGAACAUUUUCUGAAGAUUGUUAAUGAAAACCACAGGUUAUGUACUGAAAGUGAUAAUACUAUUGAACUGGAGCGGGAAAAGGCAUUAUGUGCUGAAAUAAAAGAAAAAACAGAUGUCACUCUUGGUCAGUGUAUUCAGAAAAUGACCGCUGAAAUCGAUGCGCAGGAGGAACUUAUCAAUAACAUUUUAUUACAGCUGGAUGCAUCUGAAAGAAACAACAAAAUGCUAAAAGAAUUUCUGAAAACAUAUGCUAAUGAAAAACAAAACUUGACUGUUGAAAGAGAUGAAUUACGGAAAGAAAACAAUGACAUACUUUUAGCAUUGAAAAAAACUAAAACUGAAAAUGAAGACAGUAACAUACAACUGGCAUUUCUUAUAAAAGAAAUAACAUGCAAGGAUGUACAUCUGCAGACCACGAUUUAUGAAAAUCAGGAUUUGAUUAUUGAAAUGGAUAACCUGCAGCAAGCUAAUAGUGAACUGCUGUUAACAGUGGAAAAGUAUAAAACAGAUAAAGCACAGCUGGAAAGUCAAUUGCAGGUAGUUGUCAAUGAUAAGCAAACAUUAAUUCUGGAAAAUAAUAAUUUACAGUGCAACAACAGUGACCUGCUGGUGAAAGUGAAAUCACUUCAAGAAGAAAAAGACGACAUGAAUGAAAAGCUGAUUACAAUUAUUAAUCAAAAUCAGAACUUGAUCAAUGAACGGAAGGAGCUGAUAAACAACAAUAAUGACCUGCUCCAGGCUUUGGAAACACUAAGAAAAGAAAAUGAAGACAUUAAUAGACACGGGAAGGCCACUCUUCAUGAAAAGCAAAAUUUAAUCAAGGAAAGUGACAACCUGCAAUUUAUUAAUAGUGAACUGCGGUCAACAGUGGACACAUUUAAAAGGGUACAAGCAGAGAUGGAAACAACAUUGCAAAAUAUUGCAAGCGACAAGCAAGCACUGAUUCAGGAAAAGAAUGAACUGCAGUACAAAAAAAGUGACUUGCUUUUCCGACUGACAUCAUUUCAGAAAGAAAAAGAAGACAUGAAUACACAUCUCCUUACACUCUCAAAAGAAAAUCAGGAUUUGAUUAAUGAAAGAAGAGACUUACAAUACCAUAUUAUAAAUAGAAGUGUUCAUGAAAACCAACAUUUCAUCAAUAAAAGGAAUAAGCUGCAACAUGCUAACAGUGUGUUACUGUUAACAGUGGAAACACUUAAAGAAAGAAUUGCAGACCUGGAAAGACAGCUGCAGACAGAUGUCAGUGAUGAGCAAACAAUACGUGUAGUAAAGAAUGGCAUGCAAAGAAAUGACAGUGAGCUGCAGAUUGGUGACCUACUGCUAUUACUGGAAAAAGUAGCCAAAGAAAAGGAAGAAAUGAACUUACAUUUACAGAGAACUUCUCAUGAAAAGCAAAAUCUUAUCAGUGAGAAGGAUAAGCUGCAACAUGCUAACAGUGUGUUACUGUUAACAGUGGAAACACUUAAAGAAAGGAAUGCAGACCUAGAAAGACAGCUGCAGAAAGCUGUCAGUGACGAGCAAACAACGCAUGUGGAAACAGAUGACAUGCAGAGCAAAGACAGCGAGUUCCUGCUUACACUGAAAUCACUCAUAGAAGAUGAAGAAGCCACAACUACAGAUCUCCUUACAUUAAGUAAUGAAGUACACAAUUUGAUUAAUGAUGUAAAUGACAUACAGACCAAUAACAAUGACAUGCUCCUGUCCUUGGAAACAUUAGUAAAAGAAAUGGAAGACAUUAACAAAGGUUUACAGACAACUGUUGAUGAAAACCAAGAUAUAAACAUUGAAAGUGAUAACUUGCAAGAUACUAACACUGAAUUAUUAUUAACAUUGAAAGCAUUUAAAGCAGAAAACAUUGAGCUGAGAAGACAGCUGCAGAAAGAUCUGAAAGAACAACCACCACCUGUGGAAAAGAAUGAUCUGCAGUGCAGAAAGAGUGAUCUGGUGUUAGCGAUGAAGAGAUUUCAGAAAAUCAGUGAAGUCAUGCACACAGACCUGGUUAGAGUUACUGAAGAAAAACAGAACAUGAUUAAUGAAAGAACUGAACUGCAAAACAAUACCAGUGAGCUGCUCCUAGCAUUGGAUACAGUGACAAAACAAAAGGAAGAAAUAAACAUGCAUUUGCAGGCCACUGUUGAUGAAAAACAAAAUCUAAUCACGGAAAGGGAUAACUUACAACACACUAACAGUGACCUAUUGUUAACACUGGAAACAUAUAAAAGAGAAACAACAGAAAUGGAAAAGCAGUUGCAGAUGGUUGUCACUGAUAAACAAGCACUAAGUGAGGAAAUGAAUGACUUGCAGUGCAAAAACAGUCAGUUGCUGUUAACAGUGAAAUCACUACAGAAAGAUAAAGAAGAUAUGAACACAGACCUGCUUACAAUUAUUAAUGAAAAUCAGAACUUGGUCAGUAAAAGCAAUGAGCUGCAAAUCUGUAUCAGUGACCGGUUACUAAAAUUAAAAACAGCAACAGAAGCAAAGGAAGAAAAUAAUAUGCAUUUGCAGACAACUGUUAAGGAAAAACAAAACAUCACCACUGAAAGAGACAACUUGUUGCACAAUAAUCAUGAACUGCUGAUAACAGUGGAAACACUUAAAAGACAAAAUGUAGAACAGGAAAGACGCCAGCAGAUAGUUCUCUGCGACAAACAUAGACUAACUGAAGAAAACAGUCACUUCCAAUCCAAAAACAGAGAGCUGCUGUUAAUUCUAAAAAAAUUACACAAAGAAAAAGAAGAUGUGGAGAUGCACCUGCUCAAAGUAAAUGAUGAAAAACAAAAUCUCGUUAAUGAAAAGAAUGAGUUGCAAAACAAUAUCAGUGGCCUGCAACUGAUGUUAGAAACUAUAAGAAAUGAAAAGGAGGAUAUCUGCAAGCAUUUGCAGGCCACAGUUCAUGAAAAACAAAACAUGCUUGCUGAAAGAGAGAGCUUGCAACAAAGUAACAUUGAACAACUAGCAAGAGCAGAAACAUUUAAUAGAGAAAAAGCAGAGAAGGAAAGACAGUUGCAGAUAGCUGUCAGUGAAAAACAAAGAGAAUUUAUAGAAAAGGGUGACUUGUUAUACGAAAACAGUAAGCUGCUCUUAGCAUUGAAAGCAUGUCAAAAGGAGAAUGAAGACAUGAACAAUCAAUUAUGUAUAAUUGUUGGUGAAAAACAGAACUUGAUCAGAGAAAGGAAUAUACUGAAAAAGAAUAAUAAUGACCUGAUGCUAGCUCAGGAAACACUGACAGAAGAAAACGAAGAAGCUAACAGCCAUCUGCAGACCAUUUCUCCAGAAAAACAGCAUUUGAUUACUGAAAUAGCUACAUUAUGGAAUACUAAUGAGUAAUGAGCUCCUUUUACAUUUUUUCCUUGUUCUGUGGUCCAGUAAAGUCCCUGCAGCAUUUUCCUUCUAAAUUUAAUGCAGAAUGACCUGAAACACUAGACAAAAGUAUAUUCAAAGAAUCUCCAGUAUAUCCAGUAU